UAUAAGGACGGUACGAGCCGACGGACCGAACUCACAGAAUCGAAGAAAGCCGACAAACUGUGCUCGCCAAAACGAAUUGAAAAAGGAGCCGACGAGCAGCACUCGCCAUACAGUCAAAGGGCCGACUUGCCGCGUGCAAUCGAGAAACUGGGCUUCCGCUACUACAGGCCACUCUGUCGGCCUAGAACUGCAUUUAAGCAGUAUAAAUUCUUUGAAGCGGACAACCAGAAGAGCUAUCGUGACCAGCAAAAUCGAUCGCCACGACACUGGUUGCUGUAUUGA